CCUGGACAUCAUAUAUUGGAAGUACCUUGUUGGGAGCCAGUAGGUACCUCUGUGACAGAUAGAAUUCGUCAAUAUUUUCUUGGCGGAUCACAUCAGCUUUUGCAAAAGGAUAUAAUUAAUUUGGGAACAGAUAGGUUUAAAUUAAAAACUAAAUCAAAAGGAUCGAUUAAGUUAGAAAUAGAUUUGAUUUUAAGAAAUUUUACUCAUUUUGGCGUAGAAUAUAAGUAGAAUAUACAAUGAAGAUAAUUACUUACCUUGGUAUUACAUUGUUGUCUAUAUUAAUUCAAUUUACUGUUAUGGAUUAUAUUAAUGAAAAUAUGCAGCUAGAUGGAAAUUUGGAAAACGUGUUUGAUCUCAAUAUUACUAGUCACAAGAAACAAUUAGAUGAUAUUAUGAACAAAAAUCUUGCUCAAAAGCGUGAUGCAUUUUAUUACCCUACACAUGCCAAGUAUGUAAAGAAGAGGGCUACUACUUCUCCAUCCAAUAAGUCAUUUAUAAACUCGACAUUGCCAGACAUUUCAUUAGAAAUAUCCACGGAUUUUUCGACUACAGUAGUAGAUGAAUUGUAUGAUUAUAAUGUGACUACUACAGAUGUAGUUUACACCAGUACAGAAAUUGGUAAUGAAACGGAAAUAACUUUAUUUCAUGAAAAUAAUAAUACAACAACUAUACCAAAGCUACCAAAGAGAAAUAUUUAUAUGGAUUGCAGAUGUAACUUAUUAUAUAAAGUGUGUGAUAUUAAUUGCUGCUGUGAUACUGAUUGUUCAGAUAGUGAUAUAAAGAUGUUUCUAGUAUGUAACGAUAAUACCAAUAUAAACACGAAAGUCGGCGAAAGUGGAUAUUCUUGUUCCUCUAGUCCCUCGAACAUGUUCACACAAUCUGGUACGACAAUUGCAAAUUUAUUUUGCGUCAUCAAAACAAAUUUACCUGUUAAACGAAAUAUAAAUAUACAAAAGUAUGAUGCCGCUGCAGUUGACAGAUAUUAUCAAUGGCACAGAGAUGUAAAGCGUAGACAUGUCAAUGUAUUUAAAAGGCAACCAUACAAUUAUGGUGAUCCGUUGUGGGUACUCAAAGAUGGAACAAUUAGAUAUAUGGACUUACCAUCAUCGGUGGUAAAUAGUUAUUGCACGAGUAGAAGACCCUUAAGAUUUUUGAGAGACGAAACAAUAACAUGUAUGGCCAGCUUAAAGGAUCUAGAAAUGUUUCAUAUUCUAAAGGCUUCUGAGGACGUAAGACUUGUUAGUGUUGUGAAAAAUUUAUCAGAUACUUCCACUUUGAAUUGUUCAAAUCUUCAUUGCGUUAAUUGGACUAUUAUUACUUGUAAUGACGCGCAGUGUGUUCCCUACAAUAAAACCCUACACGAGCCGUCAUGUUCUGACAGUUAUUGCAGGAAUAUUGCAUCUCAUUUUGAUUAUAUAUUUUAUUAUUAUGAAUCAAAGAUAACUAAUGCGACCAUAAGAUUGUAUAUACAAGAAAUAUCAACAGCAAUACCAUUCUUAUUGCAGAAGAUUGAUAUAAGAUUCCUAAUAGCGAAUGAAACAAUAGAUAAUAUUGUUAAAGUCAGCGGAAAUCCUGGUUACAUGGCUGGUUUACCCAUUAUAGCAUCAUUUACAGAAAGUAAUCACACUUACAAUUUUUUUAAUAAAACAUCAACGAACAAGAAUUAUCUAUCCUACCCUGUAAAUAAAAAUGGAAAAUGUAUAUUAUCAAAUGUUACUAAUAAUUUAGUAACUUUUCAGUAUAACAAAAGAAUGAAAUGUCGUUAUCAACAUGUUGGUAACAUUAGUUCAUAUAGUCGUACUGAGACUUGCAAAACACUUCAAGAGAACAUAAUUAAAUUACUAGGAUUACAACAUAAUAUUGUAAUAUCUCCAUAUGGGAAUUCGUACAACAUUAAAGAUGAUGAUUGGAUAUCUAUGCAAAAAAAUAUUCCCGACAAAGGACUUGUUUAUGGUGAAUACAAUGCACAACAUCUAAGACUACAUUGUUAUAAUAUAAUAACAGGCAUCUCAUUAAUAUUCACUUAUGCUGACAUCAGCGACAAAGAAGGGGCAAAACUAUUGGCUGCCAAAUUGGAUACAAACGUCAGAAAUAUAAGUUUCAAUGUUGACAUUACAGACAUUUCUGUAAUUUUAACUAUGGACAUAAUAUUCUUAGAUCAAACUAAGCCGAGUAUAUAUGAAUAUGCAGCGGGACCGCAACUGAAUAUUCACUUGCCGGGCGAUUUCUUUUUCCCUUUCCCUUCAAAUGGAUGUCAAAACCAUAAUUGUUAUCAUAUUCUGCCACUUAUAAUGAUGGUGUAUUGCUAUCGACAUUUUACCAAAUAAAAUAACUUGUGACAUAA